AUGAUGACAUCAAUGUCAAAUUCAUUUGAACAAACAUCUACAUCAUUCUACAAAACACAAACUAAUUCAGUUAAACGAUUAAUGCGUGAAGCUAUUGAAUUAAAAGAACCAACUGAAUUAUUCUAUUGUCAACCAAUUGAAAAUAAUUUAUAUGAAUGGCAUUUUACAAUACGUGGUCCUAAAGAUACAGAAUUUGAAUAUGGAAUUUAUCAUGGUCGAAUUUUAUUACCUCCAGAAUAUCCAAUGAAACCACCUUCAAUUAUUUUUCUAACGGCAAGUGGUCGUUUUAAAAUCAAUGAAAAAAUUUGUUUAUCAAUAUCUGGACAUCAUGAGGAAACAUGGACACCAACAUGGGGUGUACGAACAGCAUUAUUAGCGAUAAUUGGUUUUAUGGAAACACCUGGAGAAGGUGCCAUAGGUUCACUCGAUUAUACAUCUGAUGAAAGAAGAGUUUUAGCUAAACGAUCUCAAUCAUAUAUAUGUCCAACAUGUGAUAAGGCUAAUAGUGAACUAUUAUUACCAUUAUCAGAAAAAUCAAUUGAUAUUCAAAAACAAGCUAAAUCAUUAGCAAAUCAAAUUCAUUUUCGAAAGAAUUUUGAAACAACAUCAAAUAAUAGAACAGCUCCUAAAUCAUCAUCAAAGUCUAGUGAAUUACGAUCGAAUUCAUCAAAUCAAAUAUUAAUAUUAAAUGAAAAUAAUUCUAAUAGUAACUUGUUAAAUAGUAUUAUAUUUAUUUGUUGUAUAGUAUUUUUAUUUCUCUUCAUACGACGAUUAUUCUUAACAUUUGGCAAUAGUCAACCAUUUUCAUCAUCAUUUACUAAUUUAUAA